AUGCGAGCUAUUGUAUUGCUGUGUCUGUUGGAAGCAGCCUUUGUCCAGGCUUUUGAUUUUGCCUGGCCAGGACCUGGCACAAAUACUGGAAAUGUAGGUGUCAAUCCCAACUCAGAAAAUGCAUGUCUUGCGGACCAGGCGUCAUGUAGCUGCUGUCUGAUGCAGCAGCAGAUACAGAGGAUGAAGAUGUUCUUCAACAUGAGCCUCAAUGAGCUGGAGAAGGAGCUGACAAAGACAAAGAACGUCCUCAACAAUGUCAGAGCCAGCCGCAGUGCCUUCUCUGUCGCUCUUACCACUGAGGACAAAUUAAAAUGCUAUGGCCCCUUCCGUGACGACAAGCUCAUCAUCUACAAACAUGUCUUCAUCAACCUGGGCGAUGGCUUCAAUACAGAGACUGGUGUCUUCACUGUUCCACGCUCUGGUGUCUACAGCCUCGCUCUCACUGUCUACAGUGAUGCUGGUUCUCCUGGUAACACCUUGGCCGCCUGCGCUGGUCUGCUGGUUAACGGCCAGUUGGUGGCAGGACCCAGAGAAAAAAAUAUGCAAGACCAAGAGGACAGUGCUACUAUUGUUGUGGCCCUCCACCUGAACGCUGGGGACCUGGUGGCCGUCAACCUGCCCAUUGGAUGUUUCCUGUGUGAUGACAGCAGCCACUAUAACACUUUCACAGGUUUCCUGCUGUAUGCUACUGACUAA